AUUUUAUAUCAAUGCAAGGGAAGUGCUAAGCCCAUUUUUUGUUCCAGCCAUGCCCGAUGACCCCCAGCCGACGGUCAUCUCAACCACCAAGACAAAGUCACAUCCCCCCACAAGAGACGAAGAGGAUGACGUCAUCUCGAACGCCAUUGGCGAAUUCGGCAAAUGGCAGCUGCUUCACACCUUCCUCUUGUCACUGUUCAACGUGCCUUGCACGUGGCACAUUUUUGCACCCACCUUCCACGCGGCGGAGAGAGACACGUGGUGCGCCAGGACGCAUGCGUAUAGGGACAUAGCACCUAAGGUAUGGCGUGCCUGCACCCAACCUAAUGGCGACUUCUGCCGUAUGCUUGACGUCGGAAAUGGAACGGACGGCGAUUGGGAGGAUUUCGCAGCAAUGUGCACCAAUGCCACUGGGUUGGCCAUGGUCACGUGUGACACGUGGGAGUUUGGCGGUGAAGGUUCAACGAUUAUAUCCGAAUUUAAUUUGGUCUGUGAUAGAAAAAACUUAAUAAACUUCGCUGAGAUGAUGUUUCUCGGAGGUGUAGCUAUAGGUGGUUUAGUGUGUGGUAUUUUGUCGGACAAGUACGGUAGAAAAAGGACUUUAAUGGCUUCAGUUUUGAUACAAACUAUCUUAGGUUGCGCGAUAGCCUUCAGUCCUUGGUUCCUCGUGUACGCCAUCUUGCGAGCCUUGCUAGGCUUCAUCUCAGUAUCAGUCGUGUUCAGCGGUUUCGUGCUGGCCAUUGAACUUGUUGGAGGUCAUUGGAGGACAGUGGCUGGUAUUUCCUACCUCUUCCCGGUCUCAGUAAGCUAUAUGACCAUCGCUGGAUUAGCAUGGGAACUCAGGGAGUGGAGACAGUUGCAGGCGGCCAUAUCGUUGCCAGGAUUCUUAUUUCUUGGACUGUGGUGGGUGCUUCCAGAAUCUCCAAGAUGGCUUCUGGCCUUAGGCCGCACGACAGAAGUGAUGUCCAUUCUAGAAAGCGCCUGCAAGUUCAACGGGAAGAAACUUCCUCCGAACUUGGACAAGCAGUUGCUUCCAGGAGCAAACGAUGAACCAGUGGAAAACGUGAGCGUCCUGGACCUGUUCAAGACCAUUCAGAUGAGGAAAAGGACUCUGUGCUUGUUUUUGAUCUGGUUCAGUGUUUAUUUAGUGUACUAUGGACUUGUGCUGAAUCUGGGAAAUAUUGGCGGGAACCUUUAUGUUAACUCGGUUCUCCAAGGCGCCGUCGAGAUCCCAGCAGUAGCCAUCAGUAUCUUCAUUCUCCUGAAGGGCGGUCGUCGUUGGCCCUUGUCCCUCACUAUGGUGAUCUCAGGGAUUGCAUGCGCCCUUACAGUGCCCAUCUACCUGGCCACCGCUGAUAUGCAAUGGGUGGUCACCUCUUUGACCAUGAUCAGCAAAUUCUGCGUCAGCUCUUCCAAUGCCAUCAUGCCAGUAUUCACUGCUGAGUUGUAUCCGACCACCAUAAGGAAUAUUGGCGUUGGGGCGGCCAACGUGUCCGCAGGGAUUGCGUUGAUGUUGGUACCGUACUUGUGGAACUUGUCCACUCUUCAUGCGAGCGUCCCUAUGUCAGUCCUAGCAGUUUUCGGGGUUUUCGGAGGUCUAUCAGUCCUUUUCCUCCCGGAGACUGGUGGAGUGAGGCUUAUAGACACCAUCAAGGAAGAAAAAGAGAUCACCAAGAUCGCUGACAUCGAAACUAACGAAAACAAGAAGAUCAACAACAAUUGCUGUACAUAGAAUUUGCGUACUUACUGAGUGAUAACGUAGGUAUACAAGGAACUUGAACAACGGGAACAGUUCUGUGCAAGUGAAAAGUGAAACUUCAAAAUUGAAGGUUAAUUGAGAUGACAAUGGACUAAUUUCUGUGUAUAACUUCUAAGAAGUGUGGACAUUUAGUUGCUUAGCAUAAACGAGAUCGUGGCGUAGUCUCUCUUCGGUUCUGGUCAAAUUAUCAUAACCGAAGACGAAUAUAUGUUUUCAUGCCAAAAUAAAACUUAUUUUCAAUCAAUUUUUACACAUACAAAGUUAAAUUGUGGAAUAUAAUUUGGAACAAACUACCUACAACUUGAACAACUUAACCAGAAUACUCUAAUAAAAAGACUAAAUAAAUGAUAUCUGUGCCAUCCUUUUGUUUAUGUUUUAUGCUGAACGUUAAUUCAAACUAUAAUCAGAACAACAGUAGAAUAAGUGUAAUGAGUACAUCGUUUCCCUGAUAUUGUAGUGCUUCUGAUGAGAAAUUCUGACCAGAUGUGUCUACACGAGUAUUGUCAAGAUACUCGUAUAUUCAAGACAUAGGUCACUGUCGAACAAAAUAUAAAAUUAUCCAAAAUGUUCAGUCCCAAAAUUUCCAAAAUUUCCAGUGUCCAAAAUUUCCCAAAUUUCCAAAAUAUUCAAGAUUUUAAAAAUCAUCAAAAUUUUCAAAAUUUUUAAACUUUUCAAAAUUUUCAAAAUUUUCAAAAUUUUCAAAAUUUUCAAAAUUUUCAAAAUUUUCAAAAUUUUCAAAAUUUUCAAAAUUUUCAAAAUUUUUGAAAUUUUUGAAAUUUUUGAAAUUCCUAAAAUUUCCAAUCUUUCAGAAAUACCCAAAGUUUCAAAAUUUCUAAAAUUUACAGUAUUUUCAAAUUUAUGAAAUUUAUCAUAUUUCCAAAUUUUCAAAUUUUCCAGUUAUUUAAAAAUUUUCAUAAUUUCCGAAAUUUCCUACCAAAAUUUCCAGGAUUUCUAAAAUUUCCAAAGUUUCAGAAAUUCCCAAAGUUUUCAAAAUUUCUAAAAUCUACAGUAUUUUCAAAAUUUCCGAAAUUUCCCAAAUUUCCAAAAUUUUCAAGUUUCCAGUAAUUUAAAAACUUUCAUAAUUUCCGAAAUUUCCUACCAAAAUUUCCAAAAUUUCCAAGAUUUCCAAAAUUUUCAAAGUUUUAAAAAUAUCCGAAAUUCCCAAAAUUUUCAAAAUUCCUAAAAUUUCCAGAAUUUUCAAAAUUUCCGAAAUUUCUCAAAUUUCCAAAAUCUCCAAAAUUUCCAGAAUUUUAAAAUUUUCCAGUAUUUUAGAAAUUUUCAAAAUUCCUGAAAUUUCCUACCAAAAUUUACAAAAUUUACAAAAUUUCCACAAUCUCCAAAAUUUCCAAAAUUUCGAAGAUUUUCAAAAUUUUCAAAACUCCCAAAAUAUCCGAAGUUUCUCAAAUUUGCAUAACCUCGAAUAUUUCCAAAAUUUUAUAGCUGCAUUACUCAUUUCUAAAACAUGAACAAAAACCAAGAGAUCAUAGCACCAGCAUUAAAUCCAUAGAGAACAAAGUUCACUUCAUAUUUAUCGAUACUUUUUCAUUCAAAAUGCUUCAUCAUAUAUUUUCAUAUUCUUAUUUGCCGCGAAUGCAUUUUAUGUUACAUAGAGAAUCGGCAGACAAUCAUUGACGUACCGUACUCAAUGUGUACAAACGAGACAGAGAGAGAAAUGCAUACGUUAGAGCGAAAGCGCGAAUUUUAAUCCACAGACUCGUCCUUGGUGUCAGGCACGCUUCGUUCGCGCUCUCACUCUAACAAACAUGCCCCUCUCUCUCUCUAUCUCUCUCAUACACAUUAAAUACACGACUUCAAUGAUUCUCUGCCGAUCGUGUAUAAGCUGUAUGUUGUCCUUGUAAAGUGUAUAAAUUGUGUAGAUAUUAGUUGUCCAUGUACCUAUACUUACAUAUUUAUUUUGUCAUAAAUAGUUAAGAAGUUAAUGUUAACUGUAGGAUGUUCAGUAUUUUUAUGUAUAAGGCAUCAAAUGUCCAGUUAAAAUAAUCUUUACAGUACUUAAUAAUUUUAAAUGUGUACACUAUAACGAAUGUCGAAAUUAUUUGAAUAUUGUCA